CCACAAAAAAAAAUCUGUCCCGACACCAAAAGACAUAAAAGUCUAGAAAGUGUCUAAAUAAAUUAUAGAUUUAUCAAAUUUUUUUUUUUAAGUUCAGCCAUAUUCCCUGUAAAUCUUUAUACAACAUGAAGGUUGAAAUGUUUUUUUCCUCUGUGCCAGGAAUAAAAUUCUAAUAGGGAAAUAUACUGACUAAUUUAUUUAUUGUACUAAAAGUUUAAAUACACUCUUGAGUCUAAAAACACAAAUCAGCCUAUAAAAUAACUACGAAUAAUAAUCAAUUCAUCAUUAUCACUGAAUCUGCUGAUAUUUCUCCUGUUGAAAUUUUUAAUGAUCUGAUUUAUAACGUAACAGAAAAUGGUGAAAAUGCCCACCGUAGUUUCCCAAAGCCUGAAGAUGUAUCCAAGAGAGUCCAUCCUAAAAACAUACAAAGACGAUCAGUUUAGAAUGAUAUAAAACAGAGAAAAGGCAGCAAAUGCUCAUAUUGGAGGAGCUGCGACCACCGUUGGUUGGAGUUUUUGCUAAGAAAAAUGGUAAAACAACAGGGGAAAGGCCAUGGAUGUGUAAAGAGAAAGGCAGUGGGAGCGAGAGGGAUGGUAAAUCUGGAGGGGGGGGGGGGGAGGGGGGGAUCUGUUUGAGUGUUAAUUUCAAAUAUCAACAAUCUUUAUCCAGAAUCGGUGACUCCACCUUUAACGAGAUGGUGAAUAUGCAGCACAAAUGAUCCUCUCAAUUGUAUGUAUCAUUAUUGAUCAUUUUUAUUAUCAUCAGUCAUUUCUUUUCUUUUCUUUUGUUACAUCAGGAAACUACAACAUCCAUCACAAAAGUCUAAAGAGAUGCGGAUGACUGACAUGAAAUCUGAUCCCGUGAAAGAAUCAUCUGCACAAUAUUCAGACGAUUCAAAAUCUUCAGAUGCUCAAGAAAGUGACAGUGACAUAGGUGAUAAUGUCGAUGACAAUCCUGGACAAGAGGUGCGUGAAACCAAACCUAAGCCAAAGGUUUCCAUAGCAGAGAGGACAGUACAGACUCCAUGUGGGGAACAGAAAGAAAUGGACCGGAGACAAAGCCACGUCAUCAGCGUAUUAACUGAUGGAGCAGGUUGCUGUGAGCCACAGGACUCAGAGAAGGAACAAUUUGGCAAAUUAUGCAGCGGUGUUGCACACAGCUGUGUUCAUCCACCGGAAUCAAACAGACAUCUGCGGGAUCAGAGUAUCCCCAACAGUCUUCUCCAGUCUGCUCAUGUAAACACCUGGAACAUCUGUGCCACCAUGGACAGAGCAGUGCCGUAUGGACUGAGCCUGGCAGCACCUGUCAGGACUCCGGGAACUCCAGGGUUUCCCAUUGGCCUUCAACAGCACGCACCAGUACAGGACCUGGUGAGCCUCUCACACUUUGGAGGCUUUCUGUUUUAUCCCUACUCCAGCUUCUCUGCAGCAUCAGCCCAAUACCUCAUUCCACCAGCGCGGUCCAGAGUGGAUUUCAGAGCCUAUCCAGGCGUCCUCAGCCGGGACUACUUCACCUCUCCCAUGAUGUCUUCACCUGUUCCUGCUUUGGGCGGUGGCGGAUUGAAAUAUCUCGCCCCUGAUUUGCUGAUGCUACCCAAAACAGACCAGCAGGACUCAGUGGACGAAGCUGAAAUUGACUGCAGUCAAGAUGAGUCACAAACACGGUGAAAAUACUGAACCUGAGAGCAGUUACUGCUGAAUUAAAGUGUUCUUGCCGCCUGCAUGUGGUCUGCCCACUACCCAUCUACAGAAACCAAUGGCUGUUCUCUCGUGGGAAUGACACUGGACUUAUUUCAAAAUGAAAGUUGCGUAUUGUUAAAGUCUCA